GGUCCUGGGUUCGAGUCCCGGGUAAGGCAUGGGUGUACCAUAUAUAUUCUGAUAUUUGAUAACGAUUUGAAAUUGAGAUACACACUGAAUAUGAUGACCCUUUAGCUGUUGGCGAAAAGCUGUAGGCCACAUAAUUAAUAAUAAUAAUAAAAAAAUUUGCGGGGGCCUGAGUGCCUGACUCUAUAUCGUCCUUGGCCUGACUGAAUCAAUGAAGCGGGAAGCCUACAACUCACGUAGUUUCGGUUCCCUGCAAGAAUUUCCGAAGAUUUCCGAAGUUUUGUGUUUUGGUAUUAACGCCAUUUCAGCCGCUAAAGCAGAAGUUUCAAGCAUGUUGUGACUAACGUAACCUAACCUAACCCUUCAAUUUUUUUAAUUUCAAUUUUUGAGAGAAAUCCGAAGUUGCACGAACGUGGUAGGGAACCGCUAAAUAGAGGGAGGGGGAACCGAAACUUCGUGAGUUUAAGGCUACCGCAUUGAAGCAUUAGCCAUUGAUUGUUAUAUUGUUAUUUUGUAUGUAUCCCUAAUAAAUUUUUGUUGCAUAUCCCUGUCUCUAAUUUCUUCAACGUUGCCCAACUAUUAAUAGUUGUCCGCAACAAGUUUUCAGAAACCCUUUUUUUAUAAAUGCUCUGAGCAAGAGGCAAGAAACAUUCCAUGCAAGCAAUGAGAAAUGGAUUCUGGCAAGAAGGCAGACAGACCAGCUCAUCCGAGAGCAUCAGCGAACCCUUUUUCUGCAUUCUUUUUAAUCUGGGUGCUGAAGAUAUUCAGGAGGGGCUUGAAGAAGGAGCUGGAGGUUGAAGACUUGUUCCAGCCGCUGGAGGAACACAGGUCCGACUACCUGGGCGACUGUUUCCAGAGGGCUUGGAGGCGGGAGCUGGCCCGCGGGAAGAGACCCGGCCUGCUGCGAGUGAUCGCGGGACACUUCCUGGGGCAGUACCUGGCCUACAGCAUCCCCGUCGUGGUCCUGGAGCUGGUGUUCAGGGUGGCUCAGCCCAUGUUCCUGGGGAGCCUGAUCCGGCACUUCGAGCCGGGCAGCGGGGUGAGUCUCGGGACGGCGUACCUGAGCGUCCUCGGCUUGCUGGGGUGCAACGCGCUCUCCGUGCUGGUCAGGCAGUCCAACAUGAUGGUCAUCCUGCACAUGGGCAUGAAGAUGCGGGUCGGAGUCUGCUCGCUGAUAUAUAGGAAGAUCACAGGUAAAUCAUCCCCUGUUCGGAGCACGUCGUGGGGAACGGUGUCUCCGCAGGCGCUGCGCCUGACCCAGACCUCGCUGGGGGAGACGACGGUGGGACAGGUGGUGAACCUGCUGUCCAACGACGUGAGUCGCUUCGACGUGUGCCUCAUCUACGUGCCGUACUUCGUGCUGGGCCCGCUGCAAGCCGCCAUCGUCACCUACUUCAUGUGGGAGGCCAUGGGCGUGUCCACGGUCAUCGGCGUGGUGGCGACCCUCAGCUUCAUGCCCCUUCAAGCUUUCAUCGGAAAGAAGAUAGCCGGACUGCGUCUGCGCUGUGCCGUGAGGACGGACGAGCGUGUUCGACUCAUGAACGAGCUCAUCUCGGGCAUACAAGUGAUCAAGCUGUACACCUGGGAGCUCCUCUUCUCCAAGCUCGUAGCUCACUCUCGGCGGAACGAGAUUCGGGAGAUAAGGCUGGCGUCAUAUCUGAGGGCGAUCAUGCUCUCCUUCGAGAAGUUCACCACUCGACUGACACUUUUCAUCACAAUCUUCUGCUUCGUCAUGAUGGGAAACGUUGUGACGGCUGAAAAGGUCUUUGUGGUGUCGUCAUUUUUCAACAUUAUUAGAAAUUCCAUGACAGACUUCUUGCCUCGAGGAAUAUUUACCGCAGCAGAAACACUGGUCUCCAUCAAGCGUAUCGAAAAAUUUCUUCUUUACGAGGAACUGAACACUCCUGACCGACAGAACACCAAGGACAGCUGGUACGGGUCGGUUGCUCUGGCGGACAAGUCUCAGAACCUGGUGUCGCAGUUCAAAGCCGAGGACAAAAGUACGGACGGUUCGCGCAGUGAGCUCGGCAUCGUGAUGUCCGGAGCGACGGCCAAGUGGACGCCCGAGUCCAGCGAGAACACGCUGAGCGACGUCACGCUGAAGGUGUCGACGGGCCAGCUGCUCGCGGUGAUAGGCCCGGUGGGCUCCGGCAAGACCUCGCUGCUGCUGAUGCUGCUGCGGGAGCUGCCUCUAACCGGCGGCUCCAUCGCGGUGAAGGGCAGGAUCUCGUACGCCUCGCAGGAGCCGUGGCUGUUCGCCAGCUCCGUGCGCAACAACAUACUGUUCGGGGAGCCGUACGACAGGAGGCGGUACCAGCAGGUGGUGAAGGCCUGCGCCCUCGCCAGGGACUUUGAGCUGCUGCCGUACGGCGACAGGACGGUGGUGGGGGAGAGGGGUGUGUCCCUCAGCGGAGGCCAGAGGGCGCGCAUCAACCUAGCCAGGGCCGUGUACAAGCCGGCGGACGUAUACAUCCUGGACGACCCUCUGUCGGCCGUGGAUGCCAACGUGGGCAGACACCUGUUCGUGAGCUGCAUCUGCAGCUUCCUGAAGGACAAGACUCGCGUCCUCGUCACCCACCAGCUGCAGUUCCUCAGCCACGUCGACCACAUCGUCAUCCUGAACGAGGGUCGCGUGGAGGCCCACGGCAGCUACGCCCAGCUGCAGGAGAGCGGGCUGGACUUCGCGAGGCUGCUCGGGGACCAGGAGGGAGACGGGUCCGGUGGAGGGGAGGACGCCGCGGGGGAGACCCGGGAGGAGUCUCACGGCGGCUCGACACACCGCAAGCGACGCAGGGGCACGUCCAUUGGGAGUAGCACGUCCUCGGUGGAGGCGGCCCCGGGCGCCGGAGACGCGCGGGAGAUGCGGACGAGGGGAAAGAUCAGGACGUCGACGUACGUGUCGUACUUGCUCGCCAGCCGCCGGCGCCUCCUGGUGGCCGUCAUGGUGCUGGGCAACCUGGCGGCUCAGCUGUUCUCCAGCGGCGCCGACUACUGGCUCUCCUUCUGGACGAACACAGAGAGUCGGAGGGCCACGGCUGCCAACGGCACGGCGAACGGCACGGAGUACCUGCCCCCCGACUCGACGCGCCGGGAUGCUCCGGGCGCCGUGCCCCUGAUGAGCCGGGAGCUCUGCACGUACGUAUUCGCGGCCCUCACGGCGGGGGCCAUUGUGUUCACCAUGUCCAGGACUUUCGUGUUCUUCCACCUGUGCAUGAAGUCGUCGGUGAACUUGCACGACGGCAUGUUCGGCUGCAUCAUUCGCCUGCCCAUGAGGUUCUUCAACGUGAACCCUUCAGGUCAGAUUCUCAACCGGUUUUCCAAAGACAUGGGAGCUAUCGAUGAGCAACUUCCUUUGGUACUGCAGGAUUGUAUUGCCGUUCAUGUAGAUGUUACCGAUUGGAAGCCGUGGCGUGUGUCGAGGGUCGCGACUUGCCCGCAGAUGACCUUCAUGAUGCUGGGCAUCGUGACGCUGGUCGCGACGGUCAACGUCUGGAUCCUGCUGCCCACGCUGCUGGUUGCCGGCAUCUUCUACGCGGUCAGGGUCGUGUUUGUCACCACUUCCCGCUGCGUCAAGCGGCUCGAAGGCAUCACACGCAGCCCCGUGUUCUCCCACCUGAGUGCCUCGCUGCAAGGACUCACCACCAUCCGGGCGUUCCACGCAGAGAACAUCCUGCAGCGAGAGUUCGACAACCAUCAGGAUCUACACUCGUCUGCAUACUACCUGUUGGUAGCCUCUAACAGAGCCUUCGGCAUGUGGCUGGACAUUGUGUGUCUGGCGUACAUCUCGUGUGUAACUCUCAGCUUCCUCGUAUUCGGACAAGACAGGCUGGGGGGCAGCGUGGGCCUGGCCAUCUCGCAGUCCCUGGGGCUGACGGGGAUGUUCCAGUGGUUCAUGAAGCAGUCCGCCGAGCUGGAAAACCAGAUGACGGCCGUGGAGCGAGUCAUGGAGUACGGCAGCCUGGAGGACGAGGGUCCACUGGAGGCUCCGCCAGAUAGGAGACCGCCAAAAGAAUGGCCAUCUAAAGGUGAAAUAAUUUUUAGAAAUGUUUCCUUGUCCUACGCUCCUGAUGAACCACCGGUUUUGAGGAAUUUGAACUUCACAAUCAGUUCUUCAGAGAAGGUGGGCAUCGUGGGACGCACCGGGGCCGGCAAGUCCUCGCUCGUCGCCGCCCUGUUCCGGCUGACCAGCGUCGAGGGCUCCGUGCUCAUAGACGGCGUGGACACCAGCACCAUCGGCCUGCACGACCUGCGCGCCAAGCUGUCCAUCAUCCCCCAGGAGCCGGUGCUGUUCUCCGGGCCGCUGCGCAAGAACCUCGACCCCUUCGACCAGUACUCGGACGACGUGCUGUGGAGCGCGCUCGGGGAGGUCAGGCUGAAGGAAGUGGUGAAGGAUCUGCCGGCCGGCCUGAACCACAAGAUGGCGGAGGGGGGCUCCAACUUCAGCGUGGGCCAGCGGCAGCUGGUGUGUCUGGCCCGGGCCAUCGUCAGGAACAACAAGAUACUGGUCAUGGACGAGGCGACCGCCAACGUCGACCCCGGGACGGACGCCCUGAUCCAGGAGACGGUGCGGCGCAGGUUCGCGGACUGCACGGUGCUGACCAUCGCCCAUCGCCUGCUGACCGUCAUGGACAGCGACAGGAUCCUCGUCAUGGACGCGGGCAGCGCGGUGGAGCUGGACCGCCCUCACGUGCUGCUGCAGAGCCAGUCGGGGUUCCUGUGGGGCAUGGUGCAGGAGACGGGCCGGGCCAUGGCCGAGACGCUGGCCAGGAUUGCCGAGAAGAGUCACCAAGAGAAGCUGAGGUAAAACUCUGCAUUUGCCGCUCAGCAACCAAUCGGAGGGACAGAAGCGUAUGCAGUCCCUUAAUUGAUUUCAGGACCAUUCACGGUGCAUUGCUAAAAACCAAAUAUUUCAUUCAAGAGAAUUUUUUUUUUGUAACAGUCUGUUACUAUUAAUACAAGGCAUUCCAUUAAAUUAUGUGCUAUACUCAGAGAAAAAUAUGUUAUUUUCAAAGAUCUAAAUAUAGUUUUUGACAAAAGUGGUUGGUAUGAAGGUAACAUCGAACAUAGAAAAUAUGUAAUAUAUCAUUUCCAAAAUUCUCGUUCCAAAUUUCUUAUACAAAAUACAUUGGUUCAGAUUUUAAUAGUGUAUUUCAAUGAAUAGGUAACCUCCGUAGAUAUUGGCUUAUGGAACAAUUAUUUUUUUUUUAUUAUGACCAAUGUUCUUCCACAAUGCAAUUAUGCCCUGGUAUAAUGCCACACAGAUAUUAUAAGUGCUUGUACUUACAAACAUUCCUAACUGUGAUACUGUACUUAUUCUGAUAUUGUCAUAUGUAUAUAUUUUUUAUAUAAUAAUAAAUUAGGUGAUUGCCAAUAUUUUUUCACAAUAGAAUUUCACCAGACAGCCUUCGACUGAAGGGAACAUACAUGUUUUACUAAUGUUCACACUGCAUGGUAUGACUGUAAAUACAAAUGCCACCUAAUUAUAUUAUUUUAAAAAAUGGCAUUCAAUAAAUUUAUUUCUUUACAA